AUGCACAUGUUCUGUUAUGUCGGAGGUGGUCAGAUAGCUGCUGGCAUUGUUAGUGUGCUGUCUGGAAUUCUGCUCUUCUUUCCUGUAGGCAGUAAUAAGCCUUGGUACAUGUUGUGGGGCACCAAGAUCUCUGCACCUGCUUGGACUGGAGCACUGUGGGAGGUGGGAUACACUUUCUCUAUCCUGUGUUCUCUGGCCUGCCUGGUGCAGUUUGCAGUGGCUGUGAUUUCCAUCCUACUGGGACCUUACUGCUAUUUUUCAUUUUCUGGAGCGGUGGGCACUGGGUUCUUGGCAUAUGCUGUAAAAUUCCCCUAUCCAUACUUGGCUUUUCCUAAGUUGUGUCUUGAGCCCAUGCAUUACGAGUGGUACCACCUUACCUUAAACAGCACAGCUAUUAUUACCAGUGUGCUGAUGCUCACUCUGUCUCUCAUCGCCAUUGUCAGUCUAACACGAAGAAGAGUGCUACGCUCUGGAUAUGUUAGUAAAUCAAGACAUUGAUGCGGGCGGAUCUGCAUGACAGCUCUAUUGUGAGGAGCCAAUUUUGUCAUUUUGUCAGGGACUGUUAUGCCUUACAUCUCUUACAAACAUGUUUGGAUGCAAUUAUCAGACAGUCUGAUGCCUUUUUGUUUUAAAACAUGAAAAUUCCUCCACGUAAAAUUACAAUUUUCACUUUAAUGUUGAUUGAUAAAAUGUAAAAUAAUUGUGUUUGGCUGUGGACAUAAAGAAGAUUAAUGUGUAUGUAAUGUACAAAGAGCCUCUGGCAAAUUCCUACAAUCUGAUGUAGUUGAGUCUCCGAGAAAAAAAUAA